UGUGGAUCGGAGCAACUCAGUUGUGGCCAGAAUGUUGCUUCAAGUGAUUCUAUCCGUGAUAUUGUUAUCCGUCGUUUGCCAGGCGGCGCCUGGAUACGUCAUCGAUGGAAGAGUUGUGGGUGGCGUGGAUGCAACCCCGGCGCAGUUUCCCCAUCAGAUCUCGUUGCGGAAUCGUGGCUCACACAAUUGCGGAGGAUCGAUCAUCUCCAGGAACUGGGUGCUAACUGCCGCCCACUGUGUCACCAACACCUAUGAAAAUGGCACCAUCGAAGUCUAUCCGGCGAAGAACCUCAACGUACGGGCGGGAAGCAAUGAUAGAUUCAGUGGUGGAAUACUCCGUCAGGUUGUCGAGGUCAUUGUGCAUAAGGAUUAUGGCAACUUCCUGAACGACAUUGCCGUGUUGCGUGUCGAUACUCCGUUCAUCUUCUCAUCCAACAUCCAGGCGAUCUCGCUGCCCAGUCAGAAUACUCCCGCGGAUGCGGACAUCAUCAUCUCGGGUUGGGGUCGUCUCACACAUGGCGGCGAUCUGCCGCGUUAUCUGCAAUGGAACACUCUCCAAUCCCUGUCGCUGGAGGAGUGCCAGGAGCGCAUCAAAUAUGGUUACCCCAACAUGUUGUGCCUCAGCCAUGAGCCCAACAACGGCGCCUGCAAUGGAGACUCCGGUGGUCCGGCCCUUUAUAAGAAUGAGAUCGUUGGCAUCGCCGGUUUCGUCUAUGGCGGCUGUGGUUCCAAAAAUCCAGAUGGCUAUGCUCGUGUCUAUUACUUCAUUGAUUGGAUUAAGGCACACACCGAUCUUUAGAUCAAAAGCAACUCCGACUUUUCUAUGCUCAAAUUGUGUAAAAUAAAUUGUACAAAUUUAAUUUUGUUUUCAAA